GAGAGAGACACCAAUGAUUUUCUCAGCAGCUCUCACGAUGCGCUGCAGUGUGUUACGGCAGGACACGGUGCAGGCUCCGUGCCACACCGUGAUGCAGCUGGACAGGAUGCUCUCGAUGGUGCCUCUGUAGAAGUUCUGCAUGAUGGGGGGUGGGGCUUUUGCUCUUUUCAGUUUACGGAGAAAGUACAGGCGCUGAUGGGCUUUUUUGGCCAGUGAUGCGGUGUUGUGACUCCAUGAUAGGUCUUCAGAUAUGUGCACACCCAGGAACUUGGUGCUGUUCACCCUCUCCACUACAGCACCGUCGAUGAUCAGCGGAGCAUGCUGGGUGUGCGCUCUCCUGAAGUCCACAACAAUCUCCUUAUGAGAAGGGAACUUACAAAAGCAGGUAGAACAGGUUGAUCAGCAAAUACUGAAAGAGAAACUGCAGUUCUUCAUCAUUAAUCAGCUUUAACCAGCGAGAUAUUGUUCAUGGUUUAAUGGGUUUCUAAACAGAAAUAAGAGCGACUUCCAAAAUGAGCCUCGGUGAGAAGACAGAGGAGAGAUGUGCUCAGCUCCAGAGAUCUUCAGAUCAGAGCUGUGUGUCUGUGAAGACUAACAGAUCCAUGAAUGAACCUCUUCAGCUCAGCGGUGAAACUGGGCCGACUGAUUCUCUACCUGUUAUCCACAAUGACUGUGACACUUGUGUAUGUCACAGUGAGAAGACAGAGGAAGGAUGUUCUCGUUCCCAGAAAACAGAACCCAGCUGUGCCGAGUCUUUAGUUGCGGAUCUUAAUUUUAUGGAUGAAGCUGUGACCGCUCAUCACAUCAGUUUGGGAACAGAUGACCAGACGGCAGUCCAGCUGAAGGAUUGUCCUCAAACAAUGAAUGAUGUUCUGAAGAGAGUCAAGGAGCAGCACAAAACCAGAAUGAAAAACAAGUAUGAGAAAUUUUCUGAGGGAACUAAACUCCAACAGAAUAAAUGCUUCCUGAACAGGAUUUACACACAGCUAUACAUUAUAGAGGGAGAGAGAGAAGGAGUGAAUAAAGAACAUGAGGUUUUACGGAUGGAAAAAUCAGCCAGAACAAAACAAUUCGAAGACAAUCUGAUCAAUUACAAUGACAUCUUUAAAGCCUCACCUAAACCAGGACCUGAGGAGAAAGACCAGAUCAAGACUGUUCUUACUAAAGGCAUCGCUGGAAUCGGAAAAACUGUCUCUGUGCAGAAGUUCAUUCUGGACUGGGCUGAGGGAAAAGCCAAUCAGGAUGUAGAUUUCAUGUUUGUGCUUCCAUUUCGAGAGCUGAACUUGAUCAGAGAUCAUCAGUACAGUCUUCACAGACUUCUGCUGGACUUUCAUCCUGAACUUCAAGAUCUGGACUCAAAGAUUUAUGAGGAGUGUAAAGUUGUGUUCAUCUUUGAUGGUCUGGAUGAAAGCAGAAUCACACUGAUGUUUUCAGAUGAUCAGAAAGUGUGUGAUGUGACUGAGACUUCAUCAGUGAGUGUGUUGAUGUCAAACCUCAUGAAAGGAGAGCUGCUUCCCUCUGCUCUCAUCUGGAUCACCUCCAGACCAGCAGCAGCCAAUCAGAUCCCCUCCAAAUACAUCAACCGUCUGACAGAAAUUCAGGGAUUCACUGAUCCUCAGAAGGAGGAAUAUUUCAGGAAGAGAAUCAGUGACCAGCAUCAAGCCAGCAGAAUCAUCUCACACAUCAGAAGAGCAAGAAGCCUCCACAUCAUGUGUCACAUCCCUGUCUUCUGCUGGAUCUCAUCCACUGUGCUUCAGAAGAUCCUGGAAGAAGAUCUGAGUGCAGAAAUCCCCCAAACUCUGACUGAAAUGUACAUCCACUUCCUGCUGAUUCAGAUCAACAUAAGGAACCAGAAGUAUGAAGGGAGAGAUCCAGAGAAACUCCUGCAGUCUAACAGAGAAGUAAUUGUGAAACUUGCUGAAUUGGCUUUCAGGCAGCUGAUGAAGGGCAAUGUGAUGUUUUAUGAGGAGGACCUGAUUGAGAGCGGCAUAGACGUCACUGAUGCCUCAGUGUAUUCUGGGAUUUGUACUGAGAUCUUUAAGGAGGAAUCUGUGAUUCAUCAGAAGAAAGUCUACAGCUUCAUUCAUCUCAGUAUUCAAGAGUUUCUCACUGCUAUAUAUGCUUUUCACUGCUAUUUAAUGAAAAUCAAGGAACCACUAAAGCUUCUGGAAACAUUCAAACAGCACAAUUCCAAUAAAGACCCUUUGUAUGAACUACUAACAUCAGCAGUAGAUAAAACUCUUGGGACUAAGAAUGGUCACCUGGAUCUGUUUCUGAGGUUCCUGCUGGGCAUCUCACUGGAGUCCAAUCAGAGACUCUUACAGGAUCUACUGACACACACAGAGAACAGCUCAGACAGCACCAGGAGAACCACACAGUACAUUAAAGAAAAGAUCAAAGAUCUAUAUGUUUUUUAUAAUCUCUCAUCUGGUCAAUCUAUUAAUCUGUUCCUCUGUCUGCUGGAAUUGAAAGAUCAUACUCUAUCCAGAGAGAUUCAGGAGUUUUUGAAAUCAGACAAACACUCAGAGAAGAAACUCUCUCCUGCUCACUGCUCAACAAUCUCCUACAUGCUUCAGAUGUCAGAGGAGACACUGGGUGAGCUAGACCUCAAGAAAUACAACACAUCAGAUGAGGGAAGAAGAAGACUAAUACCAGCUGUGAUCAACUGCAGAAAAGCUAUUCUUUCUAGCUGCAACCUCAAUAGUCACUGCUGUGAGAGUUUGUCCUCAACUCUUCAAUCCUCAAACUCUGUCCUGAGAGAGCUGCAUCUAAGUAACAAUGACCUGCAGGAUACAGGGGUGAAGCUGUUCUCUGAUGGACUGAAGAGUCAAAAAUGUCAGAUGCAGUUACUGAGUCUUGCCAAUUGUAAUCUCACCAAUCAGUCCUGUAAAGCUGUGUCAUCAGCUCUUCAGUCCUCAAACUCUGUCCUGAGAGAGCUGGAUCUGAGUAACAAUGACCUGCAGGAUUCAGGAGUGAAACUGCUCUCUGAUGGACUGAAGAGUCCAAACUGUCAGCUGGAGAUACUGAGGUUGUCUGGCUGUAUGGUGACGGAGGAAGGCUGUGGUUAUUUGUCUUCAGCUCUGAGUUCAAACCCCUCACACCUGAGAGAGCUGGAUCUGAGCUACAAUCACCCAGGAGAUUCAGGAGUGCAGCUGCUCAAACACAAACUGGAGGAUCCCAACUAUAAACUGAAGAUACUCAAUGUGGAUUAUGGAGGUCAGAUCAUGAUGACAGCAGGACUACGAAAGUAUGCCUGUAAUCUCUCACUGGAUCCAAACACAGCACACACUCAACUCAUUCUGUCUGAGGACAACAAAGAAACAGCAUGUAAAAAAGAUCAUCAGCAGUAUCCUGAUCAUCCAGACAGAUUUGAUGAGGUGCCUCAGGUUCUGUGUGGAGAGAGUCUGACUGGUCGCCAUUACUGGGAGGCUGAAUGGUGCGGAUUUAGUGCUGAAAUAUCAGUGACAUAUAAAGAAAUCAGCAGGAAAGGAGGAAGUGAUGACUGUAAGUUUGGGUACAAUGACAAAUCCUGGAAUCUGUGGUGCUCUAAAAACAGAUUUGUUCUCCGUCACAAUAAGAACUUCACUGAUAUCCCUGCAAUCCCUUCAUCCUCUAAUAGAGUAGGAGUUUAUCUGGACUGGUCAGGCGGCUCUCUGUCCUUCUUCAGCGUCUCUGACACACACACACUCACACACUUACACACAUUCAACACCACAUUCACUCAACCCCUCUACGCUGGGAUUGGGGUUUAUGAUGGUUCUUCAGUGCUUCUGUUUUAUAUUUAGCAACACCCACACACACUGAUGUCAGUUCUCACUAUAGGUGUAAUGGUUUUUAUACUGUACAAACCAUAAUGGCCUUCCCCAACAUUUUCUGUUUUUUAGGGAACAUUUAGUAGGUUUUUUUCUACACCUUUUGAAUUACGGGUACAUUGGUAGAGUCCUUACUGUCUGUGUCAGCUUUAAAAACAAACACACACCUACGAAUGACCACUAUUAUAAUCUCGGUCAUAUCCCUGUAUAUGAGAAAAGUUUGAUGACACAAAAUUACAAUAUAAAGUAUAUAAUGUUUAAAUUAAACUAUAGAAUUAUAAAAACAUGAAAAAUGAAUGUGUAAAAAUUCUAACUCUGUAUUUUCUUUCUUUUCAAUAAUAUGUUAUUUUUUUAAGUUAUUUCUCAUGCACUUUUUAAUUUAAUUUGAAUCAGUGUAAAGCACUUUCACUUUUAAUUGUGUUUGGAAUCACUCUAUAAAUGGCUUUGUUAAAAAUAAUCCAGUUGGCAACCCAGUGCUGGGUGAAUAAUGGACAAAACACUUUUCAUUUCAAUUCAUUUUAACCCAGCAGACUGGGUUGUUCUGGGUUAUUCUGGCUGAGUUAUUCUAAUAAUUUUGCCUAACAAUACAAUCGUGGAUUAAUAAAUAAAGGACGAUACAGUUUAUUUAGUCUGUUACUUUAACUAUUUAAAUACACAGUCAGUCUGUUACACAGCUACUUAUGUAACCAAAAUAUUGUCACAUAUGUGUUGCGGACUUUAUACAGCGCAAUUCUGAAUUCAAGUACAUAGACAUAAACUACUUAAAAUAAAGUGUAACAAGAUUGUGUAACUAUACUGUACACCUAGCAGCACCUUACAUUAUAUACAUCUUAAAUACAUGUAGUACCUUUCUAGUUACAUCAAAAAGAAAGAAUAUUACACAGGCAUAUUCAGCCAUUCGUGACCAGUGCAAUGCAAGGAAAUCAAAUACAGCUUGCAUUUUAUUUGCCUCCAAAAUAUGUGUUUUUGUAAUGUCAGUUUCUUCUUUAAAUCUGAGGAAGAACCUGAUAGUCUGUCAGAUAGAAAGCACAAACGGUGAGUCAGUUGUCAGUUGUAUUCUAGGUGUGUUGGAAACAUGUUUAUUGUUUUUUGGUAAGCGUAUUGUUAAUAUAGCACAUUGGUAUCUUUGUCAGUUUUAUCUUGGGGGAUUUAUGGAUGUCAUAAUUCAAAUUACAACGCAUGAUUCGGUCUGAUGGGUGAUAUUGGGUCCAGUCAGAGAGGCUCUGGAUUUAUUAUUUCCCAAGUAUUACUGACGAACGGAUAAAAAAGUAGGCUACUGUUCACAUGUGUUUUAUUAGCUUUCUACAGUGUGUAGUAAUGUAGUAAAAAUGUAGCACUUUCUCCUGUUUUUUAAUGGUUUUCUGUUCUCUUCUCUAUAAACUGUGUAAUUCUGUAGAUCACGUUGGAAUCACUCUCUCGAAAAACAGAUGGCUUUCCUAUAGAACUUGUGUUCUUCACUCAUAGUUUGGAAUAAACAGUGUCCACCAA